AAUACAUAUAUUUUUGUUUACAAUCAUCAGAAUUAUUCUCAAAUAUUAAAAAAUAGUAUAUCAUUUAAAAAUGAAUGACGAGAGAUUUUUAGUUAGUGGAUGGGACGAUGAUCUCAAUGAUAUAGAUACUACAAGAAAUCCUAAAGAAAAAUUACAAAAAAAUAUUCUGGAUGCUUGCGAAAAAGGAAAUCUGGAACAAGUGAAAACACUUAUCGAAUCUAAUUCAAAUUUAAUAAAUGUAACGGAUAAAGAUGGUUAUACUCCUUUACACAGAGCAUGUUAUAGCAACAAUGUGGAUAUUGUUGAAUUUUUACUACAAAAUGGAGCUAAUAUAGCAGCAGAAACUGAAAUGCAGUGGCAACCGUUGCAUUCUUGUUGCCAGUGGAAUCACAAAGAAUGUGCAGCAGUUUUGAUUCAACAUGGUGCCGAUGUUAAUGCCUUAUCCCAAGGAGGUCAGACUCCUUUACAUAUAGCUGCUUCACAUGGUGCUUCAUUUGAAACUGUACAACUGCUUCUUAUGCAUCCAUUCAUUGAUCCUUCUAUAAAAAACAAUAGUAAUGAGACAGCUAAAGAUAUAGCUACAAGAAGUUCCAGGUUUUACAAUAUAUUCGAAAUGUGUGAUCCUCUUCUUGAUAUAAACAGUGUAAAGGAUUUGGAAUAGUUAUGUGAACAUAGAGGUACAUAAGAAAAAUGAGGAUGAAUUUGGAAGUGAUGGUUAUAAAUAAUGUAAAAAAAAAAUAUUUGUUUUUGUUUUAUUUUCAGUAAUAUAAAAUCUAUUGAAGCAA